UUUUGAACACGGAAGUCUACAGUAGGAGGUGGGGCUGGAGGAGGAAAGCGGGCAAAAUGGCGGUGCCUAUGAGCAACGUGGAUGAGAUCCGUGACAGAGUGAUUUUGGGCGAAUUUGGCGUAAGAAAUGUUCAUUCUACAAAUUUUCCUGGUAAUUAUCCUGGUUAUGAUGACUCAUGGGACCUCAAGAAGUUCAAAAAGAAUUUCAGGCUCGAUGUUGUUCAUAUGGAUGAGAACACGCUGGAGUUUGAUAUGGUGGGAAUAGACGCUGCCAUUGCCAACGCUUUCAGGCGGAUAUUACUAGCUGAGGUCCCAACUAUGGCUGUUGAAAAGGUUUUCAUUUACAACAAUACAUCUAUAAUUCAAGAUGAGAUCCUAGCACAUAGGCUUGGCUUGGUACCCAUCAAAGCUGAUCCUCGUCUUUUUGAGUACAGAAAUGCUGGUGAUGAGGAAGGCACAGAAAUUGACACAAUUCAGCUUCAGUUGAAGAUCAAAUGCACAAGGAAUCCCAGGGCAUCUAAAGAUGCCUCUGACCCCAAGGAACUCUACCUCAAUCACAUGGUGUAUUCAAGGGACAUGAAGUGGGAACCUAUUGGAAAUCAGGCUGAUGUGUUUGCUGAUGCUAACAUUGGUCCUGUGCAUGGAGACAUCCUCUUGGCACAGCUUCGGCCAGGACAAGAGCUGGAUAUAGUUAUGCACUGCGUUAAAGGAAUAGGUAAGGACCAUGCAAAGUUUUCCCCAGUGGCCACUGCUAGUUAUAGGCUACUUCCUGAGAUCACAUUACUGCAGACCAUUGAAGGAGAAAAAGCUGAGAGAUUAAAGCGCUGCUUCUCACCUGGAGUUAUUGAAUUGGAGGAUGUUGAUGGAAAGCAAGUGGCUAAGGUGGUCAACAGUCGUCUGGAUACGUGCAGCAGAGAAGUGCUUAGGCAUGACGACCUAAAGAACUUGGUCAAACUUGGAAGAGUGCGGGACCAUUUCAUAUUCUCAGUGGAGUCUACUGGAAUUUUACCACCUGAUGUCUUGGUCAGUGAGGCAAUUAAUGUACUCAUUGCAAAGUGCCAGAAAUUUCUGACUGAGCUUGACUCAGUGACUGAAAUGGAAUAGCCAGAAGGAUGUUGGACCACAUGUACUGAAGGCAACAUUAACAGGACCUCACGACCUUGAAAGUGUUGUAGGAUUGGAUAGCUGAAGCAGUGCAUGAUUAGGGAGUGUUUUCUUCCCUAAUUAUAAAAGCCUUGAGUCCUACAGGAAGCCUGGAUGACAUUAGAUCCUUAUCAACUAAGAUUAUAGUGUUAAGCUAAAUGGACAUGGCUACAAGAGCUAGUGUUAUAUUCUCAUUCUUAAAACAUCUGCUUUGCUCAACGUAGGCAUUGCUUGGCUGGUCCUGAUGAAUGACUGUGAGCUUAAGCUUUAUUUUUGGCACAUGCCCAUGUCUAGACAAAGGCAUCAAUGGUCUGGUCAAGCCCAGUGUUCAUAUUUCUCCAUAAAUUUUGUUUGACGUGAAACAUUGUACAUUGUUUGUAUUAAAUUUAUUGACAAAAUGUCA